CAGCAGGCUUCCACACCAAUUGCAAAUCUGGUCACUACUACUCAGACUGCUCCUAUGUUCUCUUCAGAUGCUUCUGGUUCGGGAUCUCUUCCUGUUCAUCAGACUACUCCAGUCAUUGCCUCGGAAGAUACAGGAUCUUUCGUCCCAAAAGCAGAUUGGUACUGCUAAACUCCAAUCAGGACUUUAUCAUCUUCAUAUUCCUUCA